AAAACCACAGCACGACCGUCAAGACAGAGUCAAACAUAUGUCUCCGACUGGUCAGCAUAUUCCGACCAACCCCCCGCCGUGGGACGUCCUCGUCCUGGUGGCCCACCGCCUCGACCCCAAGACCCUCGCCGUCGCCUCCUGCGUCUGCAAGUCAUGGGCCGCCUCCAUGUCCUCCGAUUGCCUCUGGGAGCCAAUCUGCUCCAUGCACUACCCUUCCCUCUCCAGCCUCCACUGGGCCGACCCCUCCGUCCCCUUCCGCCGCCUCUUUUCCAUGGGCUUUACCGCCUCCAAGUGCCGCAACCGCUGCCCCCCGCCGCCCCACCUCUCCCUCGACUCCCUUGACUUCAUUAUCGACAUCCGGGCCCUGAGGCUUCCCAUCGCCACGGUGGCAAAACCCGGGGAGGAGCUGAAGCUCGAGCUCGGCCCGAACAACCUAUUCCAGUUCGAUAUCGAGAACACAAGCCCGGACCACCUCUCGGUCUGGGAGGUGCCGUGCCUGGUGAGGGUCACGUGGAAUGUAGUGAUCAAGGGGUGGGGAGGGGUGUUCACGGUGAUGGACUGCAAUGCGAACGUGAGCCUCAUCCCUGGGGCGGAGUGGUGGUUCUCGGAGGAGCUGCCACCGCCUGCUGGGUGGUGCGUGAGCGGUGGGGUCAGCGGGGUCGUGGCAGACAUGAAGGUCGUGUUCUGCGGCCAGAGGGAGAGCGAGGGGAAGCUGAGGGUGGAGAAGGCGAGCGUGGGGAUGCUGAGCGCUCUGAGCUGGAGGUACUUGAGUGUCGACGACGGGCUCAGGUACUUGCAGAAUUUUCUUGGCUCGAUCGAGUAGGAAUCCUGAUCGAGUUGGGAUCGUAGCUAGAAGGUGUAGUUACCAUCCCGAUUAGAAGGCGUCAUAGAUUAGAAUGAAGGCACUUCAAAUAUGUAUGUGUCAUAUGAACGAAGUGAUCUCCAUAGCAGAAGCCUUUUGUACUACUACUAUGUACCUCGUAAGUAUAUUCCACAAGAACAUAGACGGAACAAUCCAAUCUCUCCGAAUGUUCGGAUGUUUCCUUGCAUCAUUUUAGGAUGAACCGAAGUCGCAGAAUGUCUUACAUUUAUCAAAUAAUUCCAUUUUGUUUCAUAUUCUACUGAAAGGAAUUCCUGGGGCAUAAAGGUUCCUGUAAGCUGCUCUUGGAAUUGGAGGAAGCUCCUGCAUCUAAGGGAUUUGGUUAACCCAGCAUUGACAUUCUGAACC